CCGUACCUCGUUUUUGUGUGUGCGUGCUUAAUAACGCCCCGGCCAGAUUUGUGUCUGAACGCCUCUGUUUCAGCACUAUCUCGAUAUGCUAGCCUUGAGCUGCCUGCUACACUGACAAGUUUCUGCGAUAUAGCCGAGAGUGGCUACGCGAGCGAGCAUCACAGCCUGAUAGCCUGCUGCUACCCCGGGAGAGGCGAUGAUGGCGGCGGCCGUAGAGAGAGGAGGAGUGCGGGCCGCUUUCCUGAACCCAGGUAGCGGCGGCGGGAUCGGUGGACCACCCCCGGCACCUAUGCCCUCUGCUCCCGGAGCCGCGGUUGGAGCGGGAGGCAUGGGUUCGAAUUCGGGUGGGUCGGAUGGUCCCAUGCCCGUGCCUAUGAAUCUUUUUGCGACAUGGGAAAUAGACCGCUCUUCUCCGAGUUGUGUUCCAAGAUUGUGCAGCCUGACCCUCAAGAAGCUGAUUGUCCUCAAAGAAUUGGACCGAGAGCUUAGCUCCGUGGUGAUAGCUGUCAAAAUACAGGGCUCCAAGCGCAUCUUGAGGUCUAACGAGUAUGUACUUCCUCCAGAUGGACUGAUGGAGACUGACCUUGAGCUGACCUUCUCACUCCAGUAUCCCCACUUCCUCAAAAGGGACGCCAACCGAUUGCAGAUCAUGCUGCAGAGGAGGAAGCGAUAUAAAAACCGCACCAUCCUGGGGUAUAAGACCUUAGCUGUGGGCGUCAUCAAUAUGGCAGAGGUGAUGCAGCAUCCGACAGAUGGAGCCCAGGUCCUGGGUCUCCAUAGCAACGUGAAGGAGGUGCCGGUGCGUGCGGCCGAGCUCAGCGUGUAUUCCCUGUCCAGUCAGCCCAUUGACCAUGAGGACGGCAGCGGGCAGCCAGGGACCAAGGCCAAAGCCUUAGAUCGCUCCCCGGAUAUGGACAACUACUCAGAGGAUGACGACGACAGCUACUCCUCGGAGCAGGAAGCUAGCGACGAUGCUGUUCAACCAGUGGACCUGUACGAUGAGGAUGAGGAUGUGCAAAGGAAGCCAAAGAAAAACCGGAGGAAAAUGAUUCGUACAACAUCCAUGACAAGGCAACCCAAUUUCAAACAGAAGUUUGUGGCCCUGUUGAAGAGAUUCAAAGUGACGGAUGAGGUUCUGGACUCGGACCCAGUGGACCAGACCCAGGAGGUGGAGGAGGAUCUGGACCUGCUCUAUGAUAGUCUGGAGGUUUACAACCAGAGUGACAGCGGACCUGAGAUGGAGGACAACGAGAGUGUCCUCAGCACGCCCAAACCCAAACUCAAGCCCUUCUUUGAGGGAAUGUCCCAUUCGAGCUCCCAGACUGAGAUUGGGAGUCUACACAGUCAGAAGAGCCAGCCCAGGGACCUGGCCAGCAUCGGUGGAGAGCUGCUGUCCCCGGACAGGGCCAAAGUCCAAAUAGGGACCAAGUAUACAGACGACAGCGCUGGAUUGGAGUCUCCUGCAGGGGACGCGGAGGAUGAGGAGACUAGGGCUGGCACAGGGUCAGGGGAGGCUAACCCCACUCCCAUCAGCUGGGACCUGAGCACGGACAAACUGCCCGGCCCAGUGGCCAAACUCUGCAAGACCGAGUCCCAGACACUCAUGUCGCCGAGUAAAACAGAGAACAAGCUGCAGAGGCGUCCUCGGAGCACAUCCAUGAAGGACCGACAGAACUCCAAGGCCCAGAGUGACAGGACCAGCAGCAUCGACAGCGAGACAUCCCCGGAAUCCAGGAUCGCUGUCCAGGUCCCCAGGAAGUCAGUGUAUGACCAGCUAAACCAGAUCCUUAUCUCCGACGAGCAGCUCCCCGAGAGCAUCAUCCUCAUCAACACCACAGACUGGCAGGGCCAGUAUCUAUCUGAGAUUCUCCAUGAGCACAGCCAGCCUAUCGUGUGCACCAUCUCUGGUGCGGAUGUCCAUGCGGCCUUCAACACCAUAGUCACCAGGAUCCAGAGAUUCUGUAACUGCAAUGCCCAGACACCCCCAACCAUCAAAGUGGCAGUGGCCGGAGACCAGAGUUACCUCAGCACCAUCCUCAGGUGCUUUGUGGAGCAGCUGGCCAACAAGACGCCUGAUUGGCUCAGCUACAUCCGCUUCCUGGUCAUCCCUGUUGGCACUCAUCCUCUGGCCAAACACAUGUCUUCGUUCGACAGUAAGUUCAACAACAUCUUCAUGGACGCUGGCUGGAGGGACUUGUUCAGCAGACUGGAGGCCCCAACAUCAGACAACAUUGAUGUAGCAGGCCGCGUGUCUCAGUACCUGGCUGGGGCCAGCGUCUCGCACCAGUGUCCCAUCUCUGAGGCCAUGCUCACCUACAAACAGAAAAGCCCUGACGAGGACUCCUGUCAGAAGUUUGUGCCAUUCAUUGGGCUGGUGAAAGUGGGCAUCGUUGAGCACAACCUUUCAACCUCAAUGGACUCUGAUGAUGCUGUGAUGGGGAGCAUCAAUAUGCUGGCCUCCCCUCCCCCCCCGCCGGGACCACCCUACAUGAAGGACCUGACUUGCACCCCGCCCCCCCCCUCCGUCACAGCCACCCUCGCCGGAGCCGGCUCUCCGGUGACGGGCGGGGAGGUGAUGGGGCUCCAGGUGGACUACUGGGCAUGUCACGGCGUCGACAAGAAGAAGGAAGGCGAGAAGCGAGACGUGGGCAUCAAGAAUACCCUGAAGAGCAACUUCCGCUCGCUGCAGGUGUCCCGCAUCCCCAACGGGGGCGAGCUGACCCCUCCUCCCGGCAUGGCCAUGACUGUCGUCAUGAAGGAGAAGAACAAGAAAGUGAUAUUCCUGAGUAAAAAGCCCAAGGAGAAGGAGGUGGACUCCAAGAGCCAGGUGAUCGAGGGCAUCAGCAGGCUGAUCUGCGCUGCCAAACACCAGCACACCAUGCUGAGAGUGUCCAUUGACGGUGUGGAGUGGAAUGACGUCAAGUUUUUCCAGCUGGCCGCCCAGUGGCCCACUCACGUCAAGCACUUUCCUGUUGGCAUCUUCGGCUACACCAAGCCUGCCAUGUGACAUAUCACUGCCACCAAAACCCAAGUAUGGGUAGCUGCAGCCCAAUAUGGCGACCGGAGUAUGGGCAAGCGGGUGUGUCGAAAGGAGUGGGUGUAUGGAAAGCUAAUCAGCUAAUUGGGAAGAUUUGUUGCCACUCAAGACCGUUUUGCAUGGCUGAUACGAGUCAAUAAGCCACCGACCACUGCAGCGGUUUUGUAUCGAGGUGCCUGCUGACCGGAGGUGCUUCCCACUGGGCAGCCAUGUCACAUAGUCGCCAGCGGUAGCUAACAUGGCAACAACAACAAAAAUCUCCCAUGAUUUUGUUUCCAAUAGGAUAGAAGCCUACACAAGAAAUAACUAAUAUUGAUAACCAUUGAGAUUUCACAUUGACACAUACAUACAGUCUACUCAAUGGGCAGGGCAUGAAGGGCAACAACACCUGGACACAGUGUCCUUGCUCCCGCUUUGCCAAGCACCACUGUCCCGGUGUGAGAAGUAGCUAUUUAGUAGCCAAUAUCAGAGUGACCGUCACAGUGAGCAUACGCAUACAAGCAAUAGUACACCCAUCAUCAGUACUUUUUUUUUUUUUUUUAAAUAAACAAUUGUCAGUUUUACAACUUAAAAGGUACAAUUAUUUGUGUAAAACUAACAGCGAAAUACGAAUCAAACUCAAGUCCAAACUCUCUCAGUACGAUAGUUGUGUGGUAAGAACCGGAACAAAAAAAACUGCAUCAUCAAAACCGUCUAACCCACUGGUUCUCAAUCCUGGUCCUGUAGACCCAAAGGGAUGCACUUUUUUUUUUUCAACUCGUGAGGCUUUGGUGAUUUAAAUCAGGUUUGUAGUGCUAGAGCAAAAAUCAAAAUGUGCACCCCUUUGGGUCCCCAGGAUCAGGAUUGAGAACCAGUGGUCUAACCUAUAGUAGAGCGCUUUCAACACGCCCACUACUUUCCUUUCGACACACCCACUCCUUUCCACACGCCCACUACUUUCCUUUCGACACACCCACUCCUUUCCACACACCCACUACUUUCCUUUCGACACACCCACUCGGCCAUACUCAGGUCGACAUAUUGGGCUGCAGCUACCCCCUUCUCUCUAAACCCUGACCCUACAACAGCCAUUAUCUCUCCCAUAAAGAGAGACAAGCUGGAUUCCAUUCUGAAAAAUUACUCCCCUCCUUUCUGUUCUUUGAUAUUUGUAUUUACUAGAUAUUGAGGCUAUAAAUAUGGUAAUAGCUCCAUCAAGUGAAGAUUAUAGGUCCUUAUAUGCUGGUUCCCAAUGUUUCAAAAUGAAAUGAUUAGAAAUACAUUUCUAAGUCUAAGUUUGAAAUGAAUCCAACUCUUUCAGCUCUCCAUGGGCUUUCCAAGUUACCGAAGGUAGUGGGAAAAGCUGGGAGUAAAAUCCACCAGAUUGGAACUCAGCCGAGGCUGCUCUGACCAAGCAAAAAAAACGUAAACAAACCCCCUAGUCCUUUUCCUGUGGAAACUGUCCAAUUACAAACCUGUGUUCCCAGUAUAAAAUGGAUGUUGCUGUCAGCGUCAAAUGUUACUGUUUUAUCCACCAGCAAAAAAAUAAGGGAAAAAAUGUAUGCUGCCUUUUAAGUAUAAUAGUGUAUAUUGUGGUUAGAAACUUAGAAUGGCCACCUGUAAUGGCAGCUUUGUUGGCACUUUUGUUACUAUAUUAUUAUUUCUGUGAAAUCCUAUAUUGGUAAAUGUCCUGUAUAUAAUGCAAGAGGAUUGAAGGGGUGCGUUGGAGUGUGUUCGCAGUGUGUGCCGGGAGGCAGUGUGUGUUACUGAUUUUUAAGGGAAAGGGAGGGAUGCUAAGAGAGGAAUUGCUGUGAAAUUUGCAGAGGAACUCCUCUUGCUAUGGAGAGAUGUAUUUCGUUCUCUUUUUUUUAUUGAGAAAAGUGACUUAAGUUUUUGAUACACUACUUUCAAGCUAGUAUAUUUGCCUUCUUGAUUUAGAAGCACAUUUUACGGAAACAGAAUAGGGACAAUCAGUAAACCAAGAAACUUGGCACUGUAUAACGAGAGCCGUUCAUCAGAGAGUGGGAUGUAUCCUUAGACGAGAUCAAUGCAGGGACUUCACUUGUGAAUUUGUGAAGAGGGGCGUAGGUGCAUGCAAGAAUCUCUGGACACAAACGUGAAUAGGAGAGAGGAGUGAGAGUGGGGGAGGACAAGGAAAGAAGGAAACAAAUGUCUUGUUCCCAGUGCCCUGCUCUAACACACCUGAUUAGCCUACUGUCUCUGCAAAGGGCUCAGCAGUGCAGUUUUCAGUAAAACCUUUCUCACACUACUACUGAGUUGAUCCAAGCUCUACUGCACUGGCCUGGUUAAGCAUCCAUUAUAGUUGCUGGAAUUGUGUUCCAAAUGACCAGGUGGAAAGAAAAUACAGUUAAACAUAGUACAGUAGUGUGAAAAGGGUAUAAGAAUUCCCCAGUGCGUUGCUCGGUUCUUAAACUAUUUACCGGUGACUUUGAAGUGGUGUUCUUUUUUCUAACUUCUCAUCCAUUCUGAAAGACAGCAAUCCCUUUAUGAACCUAGUGUGCCGUAUUCAACAAUGAACAAAUUGCUGUCAACUGUUCUCUGUUUUUAUACUCUCUUUAAAGAUGGACCCACUCAUAACGUUGAGUCAAAAAGGGACACAGGCUUCAUUGGUUUUUAGGGAAUUGCCAGGAUUGACUCUGGGUACAUUGUGAGGGACCAUUUUAAUGUCGGCAAUGUUUCUGUAUCGUGUGUUGAUGUUGUUUCAUGAGGUGUGUUUUCUCAUAGACCUAUGGGGGAAAUAACGUCCUGUGCCACUUCAGUCGAGGCUAUGCAGGACACUGGAAGGAACUUGGAAGUCAAAACAUCAGAUUCCUGCCUUAGUUAUUCCGCCUCUGUCUUUUGACCUGGUAUAUUUGUGUUGUCUAAUGUGACUUGACAUGAAAAAAAAUGAAAAAAUGUUGUUGUUUUUUUCACCUUUAUUUAACUAGGCAAGUCAGUUAAGAACAAAUUCUUUUCAAUGACGGCCUAGGAACAGUGGGUUAACUGCCUGUUCAGGGGCAGAACGACAGAUUUGUACCUUGUCAGCUCAGGGGUUUGAACUGGCAACCUUCCGGUUACUAGUCCAACGCUCUAACCACUAGGCUACCCUGUCGCCCAAAUGAAAAUGCAUUUCAUUUGGAUGAAAGUGUGUUUUGGAGACUUAAGUGUGUGUGUUUGUGUGUGCAUGCGCUGAUAAGGGAUACUGUGUAACCCAUUUGUCAUUUUCAACCCUUUGAAAACUAUGGCUUCACUUGCGAUUAGAUACCACAUCUAUAGUAUUAUAUUUGAUGUAUUUUUUGUUCAUCUUCACAGUGGUAGCUGAUUUUAACAACAGUGUAUGUUACAGUAAAUUUGAUCCUUCAUGCAUUGCUGACCGUCAAGGUGUCUCAUGUUUUUGCCUCGGAAAGAGGGAAGGUCUUCAGUCAAUCCCACUCAUUUCACUGUAUAAUGUUCCACUAUUUCAUGAUACAAAUAAACGCUAUAUAUUUAAAAGUAUGUGGACACCCCUUCAAAUUAGUGGAUUCGGCUAUUUCAGCCACACCCAUUGCUGACAGGUGUAUAAAAUCGAGCAGAGCCGAGUAAUCUCCAUAGUCAAACAUAGACAGUAGAAUGGCCUUACUGAAGAGCUCAGUGACUUUCAACGUGGCACUGUCAUAGGAUGCCACCUUUCCAACAAGUCAUUUCAUCAAAUUUCUGCCCUGCUAGAGCUGCCCUGGUCAACUGCAUAUUCAUGCCCAUGAUUUUGGAAUGAGAUGUUGGACGACCAGGUGUCCACAUACUUUUUUUCAUGUAGUGUAUGUAUACAUAACUGAUACAUAAAUAUGUUCCACUACUUAAUAAUACAUAUUUAUAUUAUAGCACUACUUUUGGGAAGUCAAGCGGCACCAAGUAAUCCCUAGAAAAACUGGACAGUCUAAUAACUCCAACAUUGAGCUUUACAACUCUUUUAAGUAUAGUUAAAGUUUGCAUAUGUUUUUGCACAAACAUUAUUUUAAAUGAUGUGACAGACAGUAUUCUUUCUUUUUUAAAUGAACCACUAAGAGAAUACAAGGAAAAAUCUCUUGUUUUUAUGAUGUCAUGUUUCAUAUCAGUUUUUGUUUAUUGAAAUAUUUGUUUUAUUUACAUCUUACUCUUUAUUAAGUUUUUGUAAGGCCAUUUUAUUAUUCUAACCCUUUUUAAGAAAAGAGUUGAGCUCUUUUGUAAAGAAAUUCUGUUUGGAAAUUGGGUUUUGAAGUGUUGUAAGUGAAAAACAGGCUAUUAAAGGAGUGUUGAGAGAA